CACCAGCUUCACAGCGUGCCUGGCACCAGAGCGAGAGCGACAACAACACCCGCCAGCGACCCCCCAUUCAUAUUCACGAUCCCCUCAUUUUCUCACUUGACCAGUGGUGGUAGACAGUCACUUCACUGAACUGCACUGCACUUUUCUCCCGGUCGCCUGCACUUACUCGCACCACUCGUAGGUUCAUCUGAAUCGUUGCGGUAGCCUUUCACUCGCCGGACCUUCUUAGUUGCGACACCCUGUUGGUUUCGUACACGCUCACGCUUGGACUCCACCCCCGAAAAAGACUCGCAUCAACUCAUCUGUUACUUGGAGCCUCGAACAACACCAUCCCUUCUCGCAGAGACCCCCAAAUCUCACAUUCUCAUCGUCCGUACCGACGUCGUUGUCGUGGUUGUGGUUCUCUCGCCCGCCCACCAGAUUCUGAAUGUUCAUCGCCCGAACCACUCAUGAGCCUCAUCCUUCAAUCAGACAAAUACUCACCCACGUCCACACCCUCACACCCUUGCCUCACCCUCCUCACGACUUCCCUUCCUUUGACGCACCCUCGCGCAAGACUCCCCUCGAACCAGCCCUCCCCAUCUGCGACGCCCUCAUAGCAAACGAGUCAACCUAAGCCAAUACUACUUCUUCGCGCAACACAGGGACUAGCUUCAUGUGGAGAUAAUAGAUCAUCUCAAGGCAACGUGCAGCCCACCCACCGGCUGGCCGCCGAUUGUCAAUACCAGAGGACGACUUCCGCUCUAUCUCCCGUCGGGUACCCAGAAUUUUGGACUUUGAUACCGCUUUCACACAAAGACUGCGCUACUCUCGUCUGCCCUCUACAACAUUCAACAGCAUUCGGUCACGGUCGGGUCGUGGACCUGUACCAAAACCUUCGAGUCGGAUAUCCUGAUUGCAGGAGCGUGGCGAGGUCACACACCCUCUCAAAAUGGCACAAAACUUUCAACCUCACAUGGGCGGUGGCCCAGGCCAAAUGAUGCAGCAGAGGCCUCCGCAACAACGUCCCCCUCAGAGCGCUCUAAAUGCCACCCAGCACAUUCAUCAAUUAAUAUACAGCGCGGUCAGCGCUCAGACUGGCCCGAUCACGGGUUGGCAGACCCAGGUCUUGAUCCAUGAACGCAUCGGUCUAAUUCUCAACAUGUAAGUUUUUCUGGCGAGAUGUGGUGGGAGGACAGCGUUGACGGGAAGAAUGAACAGCAUCGGAAAUCUUCGGUUGGCAAGUCAAAAUCAGACAAAUGCUCCUCAACUGAACAAGAUGAUUGAAAUUGGGAUCAAGUUCGAGAAGGAAAUCUAUGAGAAUUCCAACGAUAAGGUAGGCAAUCACGGAAUGACGCAGUUUAUCCAGUGAUCAACUAACACCAUUAGACCCAUUACAAGCAGCAAGUAGAGCAAAAGUUAGAGCUACUACUUGAACACAGGAAUAAGAACCAAGCGGGUCUUCAGAAUACCAUUAACCAACAAGCUCAGGCACAAGCUCAGCAACAGGCCCAGCAGCAAAUGAUGAUGAACCAGAACGGCAUGCAAGGGCAAGCCCCAAGAGCUAUGGCUCAACAGCCAGCACAGCAAGGAUUCCAACAUCUCCAACAUCAGAUGCAGGCAUCUCCUCUCCCCAGCCAGCAGCUGCAACAGCCGCCGAUGGGGAUGGUGAAUGGUGGUAUGCCUCAAAAUAUGGUUCAGAACCAGCAACAACAGUUUCAAUUCAAUAUGCAACAGAAACAGAACAAUCUGAACCGACCACCGAACCAGCAACAGAUGACCCCCGAAGACCAAGGAUUUGUUUUGGAAUUAUCGAGUCAGUUGAUGAAUCGAGCUUCGGUGGAGGACAAGAAUCAGCUGCGACAUCGGUUAGUUUCUACCAUGCCGCCACAACAGUUGAACGAAUUCCAGAUGCGGGGACAGGACCCUCUCGUCAUGUACUACCGCCAGCAAGCCAUUCAACGGAUUCGGCAAGAGAAAGCAAGUAAGCAGCGGAUGGCUCAAGCUCAACAGCUCGCAAUGUCACAGCAAAAUCCCAAUAUGUCAAAUGUAGCACCUCCGAUGCAACACCAGCUUUCUGCUAACCCAAAACUUAAUGGACAAUCUCAACCACCGGGAGCAAUGGGAAAUGGUGAUCAAUUCGGAAACUUCAUGGGCAGCAGUAUGAACGACAUCAACCAGCAGCAACAGCAAGGUGUCAUUGCCGCCGGCGAAGGUCAGGUGGUUGUUCCUGCAACGAAUGGCCAACGAAAUGCCACCCCACAACCGGGAGUAAUGGCAGGACAGGUGAUGGGCAUGAACCCACAGGGAAUGGUGAACCCUAAUCAGCGUACUCAGCAGCAACAGCAGCAACUGAAUUUGAACGCCCAGCAAUUACAGCAGCAGCAACGAUUGCAUGCGGCACAACAGCAACAGCAACAGAACCAAGCUGUAAGGAAACAAAUGGAACUUCAGGGCCAGCGAGAUAUGAUGGGAAACGGGCCAAUGCCUCCACAGCAGAGUCCAGGAUUAUCAAAUUUGACUGCUCCCAUGAGAACUCCAUCCCAGAGGAGCCAUUCCGAUGUGCCCCAACCGAACCCAGCCCCUCAGUUCGGAAAUCCUCAAUUCAAUCAAGGCACCCCACAGCAAAGAGUGACGGGCGAUCCUCGAAUGAACCACCCGAUGAUUCAAGGCAUGAAUGCUGAGCAACGGCAAAAAGUGUUGUCCCUGCCGCCGGACAAGUUGAAUGAACUACUGACCAAGUGGACUGAGCAGCGGGCAAUGAAUGCGAACGGAGUAAGACCACCACAGAUGGGUAAUCAAGGCAAUGGUGCAAUGCCGGGGCAACCUAUGCCAGGGCAGCAGUUUAAUGGUGCAAUGGCUGCAUCGAAUCAAUUCAUGAACCAUGGUCAGCGGCCCAACCAACCAAUGCAAAACGGGAAUGCAAUGACCCAGCAGCUACUCCAGCAGCAAGCUAUGCAGCAGAAUCAAAUGCAGCAGUUAGGCCAGCAGCCGCAACCUCCAAUACCACUACAACAGGCCGAGCUAAAUGUCAUCCGGCAAAUGGACAAUGCAGAUUUCCCGAUAAACUUCCAAAACCAUGGAAGUUUCCCUCGAAAUGUUCCUCCUGAGAUCAAAAAGUGGGGACAACUCAAGAUGUGGGCACAACAAAAUCCAAAUAUGGGCAAUGAGAUGCAAGAGAGCAUCAAACAGCUCCAGAAAAUUCACUGGCAGACUAUCAUGCGUAGUAAACAGACAAUGCAACAACAAGUGGCUAUGCAGUCAGGUGUACCACCGAGAGGUUUGCAGCCAGGUCAAAACCCCAUGUCUUCGAUUCCACAAAAUAUUGGGGGUGCUCCAGUGGCACCUAUGACCAUGAAUAAUCCCCAACAAGGACCAACGAUUCGCCAACCUACGCAGCAAGAAAUCCAGGCUGCGCGAAACCAUCCCAGCGGAAAGAUGGCUGCUGCCAGUGAUGAUCAGAUUCGAAUAUUCCUUGUCAGACAACAAGCCAUAGCCCAUCAACAGCGGUCCCUGAUGCAAAAUAUGCAAAUGCAGAAUCAAAUGACUAAUAUGGGCCAACCUCGACCAGGACAACCGCAGGCGAAUCUAAUGAAUACUAGACUUCCAAAUCACCCUCCUCCAGCGCAAGCGCCACAGGCAAAGCCGGCACCACCAAAUACUGAGAAUGUCAAUGCCAGUCGCGCCGCCCGCCCAGCAGCCAAUGCAGCCCGUGCUGCCAACGCCCCACCAAGUUCAUCGCCUGCUCCACCACCAAAAAACAAUCUGAAGCGUGCCUCAAGUGAUGAUGUGGUUGAAGUUCCAAAUCCAAACAUUCAACAGCCAUCACGACCAGCAUCUCAAACUCAGGCCCCUCAAGGGCAAGGACAACAGUCUGCAGGUCAACAAGCACGCCCUGUCUUGACGCCUCAGCAGGUGGCCGCCUUGGACCCGGAAGCUCGCAAGAGAUAUGAGUCGAAUGCUCGUAAUGCUCAAGCCUCCGCUCGUCUCCUCGCGAUAAUGCGCGAAGAGGCCGAAAAGGCCAAGACAAAAACCUAUGCUGAAAUUCCAAUGAACGCUGAAAUGAAGAACAAAGUAACGCGGAUGCUACGGGAGGUUUUGUUACAUCCCCUUAACAAUAUGACCAAGGCACUGCCUCGAUGGUAUCAAAUCACCCAAGACGAUGACCGUGCAAGAAAGUUUUGCGCUCUUGUAUGUUUAUGUCCCCCAUUUCUACAAUUGUCAAUAUACUAACAAUCAUUAGAAACACCGGUUGGCCAAGGAAUUUGAUGACCCACAAAUGGGAAAACCCAAAGAAAACUUAUCAAUGGAUAUUCAGGAGAUAGAGGUUGCCCGUGCCGUAUUGAACGGAAUGGUGAAUGACUUGAGUACGAGGUAUCCCAAUAUGCUCAACAAGACCAAGGCACCUCAGGACAACCAGCCGGCUCAGGCGCAAACCAGUCAACCUCCUGCAGCGGUGCCAUUAAACGCAGCAAAUCUCCAGGAGCAACAGCAACAGCUGAACAAACUUCACCAACGAACUAAUAGUCGUCAACACGGCCCGCCGGCCGCGCCUACCUCCACACAGCCGCCCUUUCAAUUCGGCGCAAAAUCGCCGCCUGAUGGAGUGCCUGCAUAUAUUGGGAAAAAUACCCUUACCCAAGAAAGCUUGCAUCUUCCUGCCCGUAAGAAGCAAAAACAGAACCAAGCCUUACAAGGCCCCAGUUCUUCGCCACAAGUAGCGAAAGCACCCUCUCCUGCGACAACAAAACAACCGGUCAAGCCUAAGACACAGGCAAGACCGACUCUAUGCUGCAAGGAGACGGACUGCGACAGACACACUGUCGGAUUUGAAACCGAGGAGGAGUUGAAAGCCCACACAGAAGAGGAGCAUGUCAAGCCUUUAAGUGAUCCCAUGCAAUAUGCUCAACAAAACCUCGCAUCUUUGCUUGGCUUGGAUCCCCAAGGCCAGCCCCAAAAACAGGCCAUGUCUCAAGAGCAGCCAGUCCCAGUGGCUGCUCCUAAGAUGAUGGCAUCUGGCUCUAAACAAGGCCAAACCCCAACUAUGAAGGCCCCAAAUACCCCCGCUGCUGCAACUCCAAUGAUUCGACAGGUAUCCAUGAAUCGCCAGAGUAGCGCGCCUGGUGCUCGACCAGGUACUCCGUCGAAAGCUACAUCAUCAAAGGACACUGGCAAAGCGACUCCUGGCCAAGAUCAAAACAAACGUGCCACUCAACCCCCACAAGAAAUUGCUGUUGAGGAUCCAUGGGCCAAUACCACCAUUGAUCCAAACGAUCUCUUCCAGACCUUUCAAACCUUUGAAACUGGGGCUGGAGGGGCGAUUUCGGAUAUGAGUGUCUAUAGCUCGAUCACGCCCAAUGACACACCAGAAUCAAGUAAAGAUGGUGUAUCUGAGCCAAAUAGUGAUAUCUCUGACGGCGUUAAUCUCGAUAUUAGCAUCGAUUUGUUUGAUGAUAACUGGAUGCCAUUCGGCCCCAGCGAAAUGGAUACCAUGUUUGAUCUGAACAAUUUUGGUGUGGCCAAGGAUGAGGAUGUCUUGAUGUUUGAUGAUCAACAGCCAACUAUACCCCUUUCAUGGGAUGACGUGGUUGACCAGUCUGCUUUCGACAAGCCGUUCGUAUUUGAUACUUCCCUUUACUCGAUGGAUGCCAGUUAGGCUUCCUCGCUACAUAUCAUUUUCACUUCUUUGGAUAUUCCUUUUGUGGACCUUUUAAGGGGCGUUAAUAUGAGCACGGAAAAGAGGGGAUCUUUUUUGUUCGGGAUUUGGGGGGCAUUGGCGGAGAAUUGAUGAAUCAUAUACCAUGGAAAAGCAUGUACGGCGUUCUUGAUGGGGAUUUGGAAAGUCCCUUUUGCAUUGUUUGUUUAAUGGGGCAUGAUUCUUCCUUUGGGGUGGUUCUUGAUUAUUCGGGUGAUUUUUUUCUUUUUUAAUUCCCCUUCUCUCUCGGUCAGGGAAGGUCGGUUGGUUGGCGGCCUUGUUUUUCUUUUGGACUAUAUCAGGAGGGAGGACUCGUUCUCUUUUAUAUUGCACCCAUUCUUUAGCGAGGCGUUCUUUUCGAUGACACAGUAAGCUUUCCUGUGUAUAUUAUGAUGGUGUAGAGAGAGAUAGCGAGAUAUUCCGCUUGGAUGUGUAUGGGAUGGUGCGGUGCUUUUCAGCGAAUAUGAUUUCAUUUUCCGAAUUGACGUCUUUCGGU